GUUCACCUCAAGCCCGGCCCCGCGGAAGUUCUCAUGCGUGAUUCCCUGAUGGGGAAUUGCGGCCCAUCUAUCCGUUCGGAGCUUCGUAGUCUCAUCUUCUACCUACUGGAGCAAGAAUUCCUCACGCAUCCACCAGCGAAUGUCAAGGGCACGGCAUCGAGGACGCAAGACAGAUCAAGGCCGACACUUUGGGCCUAGAAGACAACGUCUCAUGUACUGGGUGGUGAUUCCUGUGCUGCACUCGGGAGCGCAUUUUAAGGUGUAGGCUACCCUCGUCUCUGGUCUCUCUUUCGCCGCAUUGAUCGCAGAGCCAUAGCAUUGCUUCAACGUUGCUUCAAAAGGCAUCUCACAUCUGCGAUGACUUACCAAAUUCAACCGCUGCCUGGUGGGGUUUAUGUACCUCUCGUGACCCCUUUCACCCCGAGCCCCGAAGAAGACCUUGAUCUCGAGGCUUUCAAGAAGGUUGCUCUGCGAGUUGCCUCGGCUGGAUGCGGUCUCGUCGUGCUGGGAACCGGCGGCGAAGCUUCGCACGUCACCGCAUCAGAGAGGAUCAGACUUACGCCGAUCAUUGCAGGCACUGGUACCGGAAGUCUUUACGAGACGAAGCAAUUGUGCAAAGAUGCUGCCGCAGCUGGAGCAGAUGCUGCCAUCGUCUUGACACCCGGUUUCUUUGCUGGAGCAAUUGCAAAGGACCGCACAGCUCUCAAACAGUAUUUUCACGAAAUUGCGAGCGCCUCGCCGAUCCCUGUCAUGGUCUACAAUUUCCCGGCUGUGACCGCGGGAAUUGAUCUGGACUCCGACUUGCUGGAAGCCAUCGCCGAGCAUCCAAAUAUUGUUGGAGCUAAGCUCACCUGUGGAUCAAUCGGCAAAGGCGCAAGGCUGGCAUCAAGCGCAGCAGCAAAGUCGCACAAGAAUUUCCACGUCUUUCCAGGUCUCGGAGAUAUGCUGCUGCCCUCGAUGCUUGUGGGCAUGACCGGAACGAUUGCUGGUUCGGGCAACAUUUUCCCACGUCUUCUAGUGCAGACGUACAAGAGCGCUCAGGAGGCUGUGCAGUCUCCUUCCAAAGAGACCCUGUCAAAAGCCCAAGAGCUUCAAGCGCUCGUAUCACGGGCAGAUUGGGCUUUCAUGAAGGGCGGGAUAGGGGGUACAAAGUGGGUGCUGCGCAGGUACUAUGACGACGUUGGGGAAGCUAGAAGACCGCUGCAGCCUGCGACGCAAGCUGUACAGGAUAUGCUGGAAAAGGAGCUGCGCGAUGCUCUUGAUUGGGAACGAAAAGCUGAGAGAGAAGCGGGCGUUCAGAUCGCUCGCGAAUAGGUGUACUGCUUUGAUGGCGCCUCACGGGUCGACUGGGGUAACUUAUCUUGCCAUAAUUGACAUUGUAUCAAUGUUUGGAUUUUGAGUGUGUCGCUUGCAUCUCGUGGGGUGCUCUUGCGAUGCGCUUGAUGUCAGAACACGAAAG